AGGAAAUGUCGGGUCUAGCCUCCAUCCUGUCCUCCUACCUCCCCUGCUGCGUCUCCAACCACCUCUACAUCAUCUCCCUCUCACUACUAAUCUGGAAACUAGCCCACCUUGACCACGACCUAUCUGUAUUAUGGGCCACUCUAACCUACCCUUCUUGGAGACUACAACGGUAUUUCUCUGGUAAAGUUAUCUGGAUAACUGGUGCCUCCUCCGGUUUGGGGAGAGCACUAGCUCUGCAGCUCUCAAACUAUCCCUGUAAGAUAGUGUUGUCAGCUAGACGGGCUGCUGAGCUGACUAAAGUUAAAGCCGAGUGUGAAGAUAAUGGAGCAGACCCUGAGAGCGUCAUGGUGUUGCCGAUGGAUUCUCUGGAAUUUGGCAAGUUGCCAGGUUUGGUGAGUGAAGUGUUGGAGAGGUUUGGUACGAUUGAUAUCCUGGUUAACAAUGCAGGCAGGUCCCAGCGCUCCUUAGCAGAAGAUACAGAACUAGCUGUAGAUAAAGGUAUCAUGGAGCUCAACUAUUUCGGGUAUGUAGCUCACACUAAAGCAGUGUUACCCACCAUGAUCGCUAAUAAAACUGGGACUGUAGUGGCGCUCAGUAGUUUAACAGGUAAAAUGGGAACACCCUGUAGUACAGCGUACGCCGCUAGUAAACACGCCGUCAUGGGCUUCUUCUCCUCGCUGAGAAUGGAGCUGUACUCGCACGGAAUAAACGUGUGCACAGUGUGUCCGGGACCAGUGAGGAGCAAUAUCUCCUUACACUCCUUCACGGAGGAUGUGACGAAGGAGUAUAACCAGGAUGUCCAGGAUGUAGGGAGGAAGCAGGAGACAGACAGGUUCGCGUAUCUGAUGUCUGUAGCGCUGGCGGCACGUGUUCCUGAGAGUUGGAUUAGUAUUCAGCCUUAUCUUUUGUUGACUUAUAUUGCACAGUAUUUACCCUCGGUUUAUCAAUCUUUUCUCUUUUCAAGAGGUGCACAAAAGAGGAUCAAGAAGUUUAAGAAUAAAGAGUGUCUUUACUAAAAUGUUGUUAAAUCUUCAUAUUUUCUUCGAUCUUGAUGUAACUUUAGAAAUUUGAUCGUGUUUAAUCUUUUUUUAGUUUAUCCCAGAGUUUUGUUAAAUUAGAUUUUGUGUGUUUUUAUCUAAAUAAUAUAUUUCUAUUGAAUUGAUUAUUGACUCUCUAUUAUCGUACUACGAAUUCUGUCACAUUAAAACAGUAACUUGAUACUCCAACCGCGCCCCAACCUUGUCUUGGAUAAUAUGACGAUAGUGACGAGUUUUGUGUAAUGUUACUCCUUCGCGUGAGUUUUUCUUACAUUGAAAUAAUUGAAUAGUCGAUGUAUAUAAUUGUGUUAUUCGACCUUAACAAGUUUAAACGGUGACCUUUGUUAUCAAUUUGUUAUAUAUCUGGGGCUCUUUUAUUUUGUUGGUUGAACUAUAUUGUAAUGUGUUGAGGGUAUUUGAACUUAAUAAUAUCAGAUAACAUUGUUUUGCUGACUAAUAAUUCAAAUGUACUUGUAUAAUAUGCAGUACGUAUGUCGUAUAAUAUGCAAUACGCAAUCGCUUGUUUUAAUAAAUAAUAGCAAGAUAUCGAUAGGAUUCUUUGUAAUGAUAUGUAUAUCACACUCUGUCUUUAACUGAAUUGCUAACAUCACUAAUAUUUUCCGUCAAGGUGAUUUUAUGUCCGGUUUUUAUGGAAUGUGAAAUAUUUGCCAUCCUUCCCAAAGAUGUGAACGUCAACGGCAACACAGUCGAGCACAAAGAUGUCAAACUAGAGUUCAACGGCGUAUUUCACCCGGAACAGACCUCCAGAUUCUCCAGCUACCUGACUGAGCGAUGUUUGUCUCAAGUGCUAGUGGGUCGGAAUGUUACCCACUUCCUGGUAGAUAGUUCCCUGGACCACUUCCUGAGUUUGUGUAAAGAGAUAGUGUCCACUUCGUUGGAGGAAUGCAGCAAGUGCAAAGUUUCUGGGUAUUAUGUCCAGAGUGAUGCGAGAUGCUUGCUGUCUGGAUCUUCACAACCGUUAGCUUUUCAAGCGGACUGGGGUGCCAACCCAUUUCAGAGACAAGCCGUGCAAGAAGUUAAAUCUGCCGGUGAGUUUGAUGCUAAGGUCACUUCUUUGGUUCAGGAAAAUGUUCCAAGUUCGUUUGAAACACUAUGUCUUACGAUUGGUUUCGAGAUUAUUCCACCAUCUGGUGGUGCUAAUAUCACCAAGCUGUUUCCAGAACUAUCUGUUGUCAUGAUACAUUCUGAUCACAUGUACAUAACCAAGAUGAUAACAGAUGUUUCUAAGUUAUCAGACCAGUUUUCUGGUAAGAUCAUUUCAUCUUCCCUAUCAGCAAACAGUGUCGGGUUUUAUCUUGGUAACAAUUUCCACUGUUCAGCUACUUUCAACAUCAAGUCGUUAGUAAACUUUAAAUCCCAACUUUCCCUCGCUAAAUCCAUGAAACAGAUUAAAUCCUAUCCCAUGGUUAAUGAUGUGUACAGUAAGAGUCUUCUCCGACAGAUAAUGUCAUCCCAAAAACAGGAUGAACCUUUAGAUGCGUCCAUCGUGAAAACCUUGAAAAGCGAUCUACAAAUAAUGGCGAAAGACAACGUCCGGUUGAUCGGAGAGAACGAAGGUUUGCACAAGAGAAUUGACACUGUCGCCAUCGAGUUGAACAAUUUGUUGGGCAGUAAACAAGUAUUAUCAGAUGAAGUUCGUCAAAAGUUAACAAACGAGCAGGAGAUCUACAACAAGCUUACGGAGAUGGCAGUCGAGAAAGUGAAGCUCAAGGAUAUGUCCGAAACGAAGAGAUAUGAACUAAUGAACAAGAUCUUCAGCCUGGAAAAUGACUUGUUAAACGCGCAAAUACACGCGGAGGAAUGGAAAUCAAAGUACGAGGAGACGAGCAAUGAUAAAAGUCAGUUGGAAGCCUUAAAAAAUGAUUUACAAGCGGAGUAUAUUACUCUGAAGACAAACCAUCACACGUCGGUCAGCAAACAGACUGGUCUGGAGCGACAGUGCGAGCAGUUGAGUUUGGAACUAGUUCAACUCCAUAUGGAGCAUGAGGAACUCGCCAAUUUGCGAGGGAAAGGGUCGUUUACAUCUUUAUCGUCACUUCCGGAAAUCAAAAAAACUCCCUCAAAUCUGAGCCGGGUUGAGAGUAACUUCAACUCGAUGGAAGGAAUGAGAGUGGCUCUUGAGGAGCAAAAACAGGCAGCCAAUUCUGAGAGAAAUAAACUGUUGCAGGAGAUUAUGAACCUAAAAUCUGAGCUGAGUGGCAUGGAGGAGAUGAGAGUGAAAAAGGAGCAACAACGGGAGUUGUUACAACGCUCUCUGACAUUACAGCAAGUCAAUGAAACUCAUAAGAAGAAGAUAGAAGCUCUUGAGAAUAGACUUUUUGUUACUGUUCAAUCAAAGGAGGACACGGUGGAAGAAUUGGAUAGGCUGAAAGCUUGCAAUAAUGCUACAUCGAUCGUGAACACCAAACUUGAAGCAGAAAAUGUUGCCCUUAGACUGAAACUUAGGAACGCUGUCGAGGAGUAUCGUGUUAGGCUGGACUGCUACAUUAAGGACACAGAAAAGUUCUUAAAUCGGAAAAACCCAACCGCUCAACUACAAUCCCAUGUGACUAAGAUGGUGGACGACUUCAAGAAAUCUCAUGCUGGAAAAGAGGCGGAACUGCUUGAAGAAGUGAACAGUGCAAAGUCGGAUCUACUGGAGACACUGGAAAAAUACCAUAAACUAGAGUAUGAGUAUUCUCAGGUUUCUAAUGUCAAGGUGAUACAAGCUGAGUUAACUCGGCUGAGGAGGGAUAAUAAUGCUAAAUGUGACGCUAUCAAAGAUGGGAAAUUGCUUGAGAUUGAUAAAGUUGAAGAGCUAUUACAGAGGCAACAAGGAAAAUAUCAGUUAACAAUUGCAAAACUGCAAACGAGGGUCACAAAAGCUGAGUCACAACUCUCUAGAUUCAUGCAGCAUUUCUAAGUUCUAUCUUGACUAAUGACUUGAUGUUUAUUGUGUUAUUGGUGUUAUCACCCUUAUCAGAUCUUUAGCUGUACAGACAGUUGUGUGAUUUAUAAAUUGUUUUAACUUAUCUAAUGUUAUAAUGACUUAUGACUGACUUUAUCAAAUAUUUUAUUAAUUUUACGUGUAAAUAUUGUAAAUAUUUCAGAGCUAAAAUUAUUGACAAUAGUGUGAAAUGUAGAAUUUAAUAAUCAUUAUAUUAUUUUAGAUGCAUAAACUAUAAAUGUGACAGUAUUUUAUUAAACUGAAGCGUUUUCAUGAUUGUCAACAAUACUUAAACUGUCAGUUGCUUUUGGAGUUUUGGCUAAUAUUUAUUCCCUUGAUGGGCGUUAAUAAUCAAAACUUGUACAUACAAAAAUGUAGUAUUUUGUGCAACAAAUAUUCUUACUGCUAACAGUAGACCACGCAUAUUUUGAAUUCCUUUUAACAAUCACUCCAAUACUUUAG